GGAAGCGGCCCUGACACCGAAAUAUGGCGGCCGCCUGGUGCUUGCGCUGGGGCCUGAGCCGAAGCGGAACCUGGUUGCUCCCGCCGCCUACCCGCUACCCGCUCCGGGCUCUGCACAAGCAGGUAGACGGCACUGAGUUCCAGAGCAUCUACAGCCUGGACAAGCUCUACCCUGAAUCCAAGGGCUCGGACACCGCUUGGAGGGUCCCGGAUGAUGCAAAACAAGCCAGCAAUGACAUCCCUCUAGAUCGCUUGACGAUAUCUUACUGUCGGAGUAGUGGUCCUGGUGGGCAGAAUGUUAACAAAGUGAAUUCAAAGGCUGAAGUCAGGUUCCAUUUGGCAACUGCUGACUGGAUUGCAGAGCCUGUGCGACAGAAGAUCGCUGUCAUGCAUAAAAAUAAGAUCAACAGGGAAGGAGAGUUAAUACUCACCUCUGAAAAUAGCCGCUAUCAGUUCCGGAAUCUGGCAGAUUGCCUACAGAAAAUUCGAGACAUAAUUGCUGAGGCCAGCCAGAUACCCAAGGAGCCAUCCAAAGAAGAUGCUCAACUUCAGAGACUCAGGAUAGAAAACAUGAAUCGGGAAAGGCUGAGACAGAAGAGAAUAAAUUCUGCCAUAAAGACAAGCAGGAGGGUAGAGAUGGACUGAAAUCACCCCAUGCAGCCAGCAGAGACCACUGUUCAGGACGUCAGGGCAGCUGCAGCCCAGCAAGCCAUCACGCCAUGAGAUGUCUUUUAUUUUUUUGCUGCUAAUAGUUGUCUUUACAUUGAGGCAAUCACAAGAAUGUUCAUUUGGGGGCUGGAGGUGUGGCCCAAGUGGUAGGGUGCCUGCCUAGCAAGCACAAGGCCCUAAAUUCAAACCCCAGUACAGCCAGAAAAAAAAGAAAAAGUUCAUUUGGAAGGAGGGUGGCAGGUUUCCCUUAGCAAUCACCAUGUCAUCAGACCUUAGGUAGCUGCAAUAAACAUCAAGCUCAGUAGGCUUUGCUUCCCAUUCAGAGUGCUUCAGAACACAAUUCCUGCCUUUUCUCUCAGUGAAAUCUGCUUCUUGGUUGCUUCCUUGCCACUGACUAUGUCACAGCUCAUGGUGGGGCAUGGGGUUCUGGGUCUGUCCUCAAGGAGCACACAGUCAGGAGGGCUUUUAAGCUGGGCCUUAGAAAAGGUAUAGCGUUUUAAUCACAGAGGGGAGGAGCACAUGUCCAUAUGAAUAUAGGAGUCAGAUAAGAGGCAGGGGUGCAGGGGGUGAUGAGGAAGCCCAUGGUAUGAUAAUGAAUGGCAGAUUGUGCAGGGCUUGUGGGAGUUUUACCUGGAGAGGUAGAUGGAGGCUCAGAUUCAAGGUAAGGAGUUUAGAUUUUAAGGAACGCAGGUAAGCUGACAUAGUGGACUAGCAAGCCUGAGUCUCUGAGUUCAAACCCUAGUGCCACCAAAAAAAAAAAAAAAAA